UAAUAAUAGUAACAACAGUAAUAAUAUAAAAUAACUAGUAAUAUCGUUUAGUUAUACGAUUUAUUAGUAUUAUUUUGCAACGACGUUUACCGUCGAUCCGUUCGUCCGCACGUCCGUAUGUGUAAGAAUUCGGGUGUGUAUGUACGUGUUGUGUUUCGAUCGUACCGUUUUGGAGUAGUAGCUGUCCGUCCGUCUGUCGGUACAUCGUCGCCGUCAAAUCCAUCGUUCGCGUGAGUACACAACCGACGUGACACCUCGCGCACAGGACGACGACGCCGGGCCACACGGAUCUGACAGACUCCGCCACAAGACCAGCCGACGAAAGAAAAUAAAUUGGAUAAUUUUUUUAUCAUAACAAUUUUUAAACUGGUGUGUAAUUGAAGUCUGUAGACUUCAAAAUUCUUCCAUGAUGGAAUGGAAGAACAAUAUUCCAGAAGGGAAAAACAAUAAGAGUUCAGGUUCUCAGAAUAGGAGACCUUCUAAUGGUGCAAAUAAAAAAGCAAAUGAUACCGUUGAAUAUUUUGGUACGGCACAGAAACCUAAAUCAAAACGUAAGCCCAAGAAGGAAAGCAAAAUGAUUAACAUUGAAGAAUUUGUUUGUACCUAUGGUUCUGGUAACAAUGCUAUUAAUUCAGAACCAAUAAAAGCUGCUGCAACAUUCCCUGUUACAACAAAUGCCUGGGCUCGUAAAAAAGGUUCAGAACUAUUUGCAAAAGCUAAAGAUGACAAUGAGGAAGAAAAAAUGUUAAAAAUGGCGAUUGUUGAAAGUAUUAAAAGUGCUGAAGAACACUCACGAACCAAAGAUUCUGCGUGGAAAAAUGACCAAGAGAAUACCAUUGGUACUGAUGAUCUGAUGUUCCAAAAAAAACAUAAUUCCCAAAAUAAAAAGAACUCUAGAGGAUCUAAGGAUUCUAGGUCUAUCAAUUGUUGGAACAACAGUUCAUUUACAAAAGAAACUGAUGAUUAUGGUUUUGCAUCUGAACACAAUAAAACUAAUAAGAGUCCCAAAGUGGGGACCCUUUGGGAAGAUGAUUCCAAGAAUAAUAGGUCAAAGGAUCGUAAAGAAAUUAAAAACAAGUCUAAACACAUCCAAAAAGACAAACCUAAGGAAAAUAAACCUUCACCUACUGAUAGUCCUCUUAAGCCAGAGAAAAAACUUAGGCAAAGAGGUGACUGGAAGGAAACUUUCAUCAAAGACAAUUAUCAACCCGAAAGAAAUGUGAGAUCGAAUGACAUUGAUGAUCAAAGGCCUCAACCACAAGCUCAUGAUUGGAGCGUUCUCACAUCAGGUUGGAAUAAGCCAGAAGAAAAGAAAGAUGAUAAAAAACCGUCCAAUAUGUGGAAUGGUGAUGUAGGUGUUAAUGUGGCCAAAAACAAAUGGGAAUCUUCCAACUGGUCAUCAGAGCCUGUCAAAACCGAAUCCGUUGACAUUUGGAGUAGUGAUCGUCCCAAAAGUAAUUCAGUAGUUUGGAAUGAUCCAGUUGAGACCAAAGAUGAUGGUAUAGAUGAAAAACUCAUUCAGUCCGAACGAUCAGAAAUUAAGCCUAAUGUGUUUAACUUUACUGAUUCCUGGGGACCAAUGACUACUCAAAUUAAAGAACCUCCCAAACCAAUUGAAAGUCCAAAGUUUGUUGAGAAAAAACCACUGCCAGCUCCAGAUUUCAAUAGAUACCUAUUGGAGGCCCUGAGUCAGAGCUCACCAUAUACUGUACCUCCACACACAGAACCCCCUAUAUCUCAGUCAAACACCGAUAGUCUGUACUCCAAUUUGGAAUCUGUCCUUCCAAAAACCUCCAGUUCAGUGUUAGAAACGAACAACUCACCAGAGUUCCUUUCCAACUUACAUUUUCUGGCUAAUAUGACUCAAAUAUGUGAUAGAUUGGGUCUUAACAAUAAACAGCUACUUUCGGACAUGCCAGUUGGUGCAACUAGUAGCAGUGUUGAACCUGAUUUACUUCAACAACCGCCUACAUUAAAUCAAAUACAACAAAAUUUGAAUUGGAACCAAAAAACUAACCAGAAAGUUUAUCAGCCGUUCCAGCCUGUGCUGCAGCAGCAAUCGGACUAUAUGCUGCCUAACCAGCUACUGCAAUCGCAACAACAGCAGCAGCAACAACAGCAACAGCAGCAGCAGCAGCAGCAGCAGCAACAACAACAGCAGCAACAGCAGCAGACAUCGUUUAUGCCUGCUAAUUCGAACAAUUUUAAUUUAACUGGGAACAAUGCAUUUCCAACGUUGAAUUUAGACCUUAACCCUCAAUUCAAUAAUCUCAUCUAUCCAAACCCAUUGGUGCCUCCACCUAAUGGACUGUAUCCUUAUCAACAUCAAUCAAAUGUUGAAAGGCUGUCUAACCUAUCUUUAGGCCAGGAUAAAAUGAAUUUCCCUAUGUAUAAUUUGGUUCAAGACAAACAAACACGACUGAAUGACUCAUUCAGUUCUGCUCGAGAGCCAAUGAAACAGUCGAAACCCCCCGUGCAGCCAAAUGUGUUCAUGCCAAACACACUGCCCAACUCGUACAACUUCAACAUCGAUCCAAACCCUCCAUUAUUUCCUGCCAAUUUGUUUUAUGCACAGAUGCCUCAAGAUGUGAACUAUGUGCAACCUAACCAGCAACAGUUUCACAACUUCAAAGAGCAAAAUGUGCAACAUAUGUUUGGCAACCAGAAACUGGAGCAUCAGGUUCUCAGGGACAAGAUGUUGAAUGUGGGCAACCCAUAUUUAAAAGAUUAAUGAAUAUGUAGUCUUAUCACAAAACGUAAUAUUAAUACGUCAUCUAGUCAAUGGAAAUACUUAGGUUUUGAUACCUCGGUAGCAUUGAACCCCAAGUAUUGUGUAAGUUACAGUGUUUAAUUUUUGCUUCGAAUUUUUUUCCCACCAAUUUCUCCUAGUGUGUGAUUUUUUUUUUUUUUUUUUUUGGCAAUAAAUACUUUCAACCCAUCUUACAUCGAUAUUCGUAUCGAAUAUUAAAUGGGUAAAAAAUUAA